AUGGCUAGUAGCGGGAAGUCUCCUCUUGUGUCCGACCAUUUACCAAAUGGUGGAUUGUUAGACGAUUACAUAACAAGUUUUAUAUUUACAGAUGGAAGACCAGCGCCUCCACUGAAGGGACAACUAAGAAGGAAACAAGAAAGGGAGACGCUGGCGAGACGCAUAGUGAUGUUGAACACAGAGGUGGAUAAAGGGAUGGAAGCAUGGACAGAGAGGAAGGAGCAGGCCAGGAGAAUGGAGGAGCACAGGAAGUCGCUUUUGCUUAAACCGAAAGGCCAACUUUUACGAAAGAGAAAAUCUGAAAAGUAGAAACGGCUGUUUUUUGUUUGUUUGUUUUUUUUUUUUUACGUAUUCCUGAUCAUGUAUGCCACUUUGUCAGCCAUUUCUCUCUUGAUAGACUCAUUUGGCCUUAUGGACUCAUUCUUCCAGAACUAUGGCUUUUUGAUCCCAGGAUUAAAAUUAAAAAUUGUUUAAUUUUGGAUGAAAUAGAUUUUUUAUUUAAAAUUGUACUCAUUGUGGGUGUUGCCAUUCUGGUGUGGUUUGUCCCACUUUUCAGGAAGUAUAUAUUUUCGCGCUUUGAAGGUGAAACUGUUUAUUAAUGAGUUGUGGGCAAGGUGACAUGCUGAACCGAAUGGGUGUCUGUCUAGUUGUUUCAUCUCGCGCAAUAAAAGAAAAAAAGAGACCCUUGAUAUUUUUAGUUUAAU